CACCAUUUUUUUCCAGUUAAUUCUUUUCACCAGUUCAAAUGAUUCAGACAAGUUUCUUUCCACAUUCCAUGAAGCUGCAAAGUCUUUCAAAGGAAAGCUUGUAUGUGUUUUUGUGGAAAUGGACAACGAAGAUUUUGGAAAAUCAGUCUCAGAGUACUUCGGUAUUACAGGAGAUACCCCACAGGUCAUUGCAUAUACCGGAAAUGAUGAUGGGAGGAAAUUCUUGUUGGAAGGUGAAUUGACUUCAAUCAAUAUCAAGUCCUUUGGGGAGAAGUUUCUGGAAGACAAUCUAAAGCCCUUUUACAAGUCGGAACCUAUUCCAGAGAAU